AGCUCUUGUUGUCCAUAGACAGCAAUCCUUCAUCGACUUCUUUGGUUUAUAGCCACGAGGUUUUUAGAAUUAUUUCAAUUUAUUAGUGAAAUAAUAAAAAGAUACUUCAUCUUAUUCGAACAAAAUGCCACCCAGUAAUCCUUUGCCACCUAAAGAAAAUGCGCUUUUCAAAAGAAUUUUGCGCUGUUACGAACAUAAACAAUAUAAAAAUGGGUUGAAAUUUGCCAAGCAGAUACUGUCAAACCCUAAGUUUGCAGAGCAUGGAGAAACACUGGCUAUGAAAGGAUUGACUUUAAAUUGCCUGGGUCGCAAAGAUGAAGCUUAUGAGUAUGUGCGCCGAGGGCUCCGCAAUGACCUUAAGUCUCCUGUGUGCUGGCACGUCUAUGGUCUGCUCCAACGUUCAGACAAGAAGUAUGAUGAGGCCAUCAAAUGUUACCGUAAUGCUCUCAAGUGGGAGAAGGAAAACAUUCAGAUCCUACGAGAUUUGUCUCUGUUACAAAUUCAGAUGCGUGAUUUGGAAGGUUACAAAGACACUCGUUACCAACUGUUCAUGCUCAGACCGACACAACGGGCAUCGUGGAUUGGUUUCGCCAUGAGUUAUCACCUUCUUGGUGACUAUGAGAUGGCAAACAGCAUCCUAGAUGCCUUCCGCACCAACCAGAUGAAGGGGCCUUAUGAUUACGAGCAUUCAGAGUUGCUGCUUUACCAGAAUAUGGUGCUGGCGGAGUCAGGCCAGUAUGAAAGGGCAUUGCAGCACCUACACAAGUUCUCAACUCAGAUCCUCGAUAAGUUAUCCAUUAAGGAAACUUCUGGUGAAUAUUAUUUGAAAUUGAAAAGGUUUAAGGAAGCAGAGGCAGUUUAUGAAGACCUCUUGAAGAGAAACCCUGAGAAUGUGAUGUAUUAUGAAAAACUUAUAGAAGCUAAACAACUUGUUACUCCCGAGGAAAAAGUGGCCUUCUUUGAUGUAUAUAAGAAAGAAUAUCCCAGAGCGAUAGCGCCUCGCCGGCUUCAGCUGACGGAGGCUGUUGCGCAGCCCGUGUUCGAACAACUAGUCGACGAGUACCUCAGACACGGCUUGCAUAAAGGGAUACCACCGCUAUUCGUUGAUCUCAGAUCGUUAUACUCAGACCAGAGCAAAGCAGACACAAUAGAGAAAUUAAUACUCCAAUAUUUGGAGCAUUUAGCUAAAAGCGGUACCUUUGGUCCCGAGGAAAGUGAACAGAAACAACCGGCCAGUGCUUUACUCUGGGCGUACUAUUAUGCAGCACAACACUUCGAUUUUAAGAAGGAUACGGACCGCGCCCUACAUUAUAUCGAUGCGGCUAUUGAACAUACGCCUACGCUCAUAGAACUGUUUAUUGUUAAAGGAAGGAUUUAUAAGCACGCAGGAGACCCAGUGUCGGCGUACCAGUGGCUGGAGGAGGCGCAGGCGAUGGACACGGCGGACCGCUACGUCAACAGCAAGUGUGCGCGCUACAUGCUGCGCGCCGGACACGUCAAGCGGGCAGAGGAGAUGUGUGCCAAGUUCACCAGGGAAGGUGUACCGGCGACAGAGAAUCUCAACGAGAUGCAGUGUAUGUGGUUCCAAACGGAAGCGGCGGCCGCCUACAAGCGACUGCACCAGUGGGGCGAAGCCCUAAAGAAGGCGCAUGAAGUUGAUAGGCAUUUCUCAGAAAUAAUGGAGGACCAGUUCGACUUCCACUCGUACUGCAUGCGGAAGAUGACGCUUCGCUCGUACGUGGGACUGCUGCGACUAGAGGACGUACUUCGCGCGCAUCCCUUCUACUUCCGCUGCGCCCGCGUCGCCAUCGCCGUGUACCUGCGCCUCUACACGCAGCCGCUGCAGGACGCGCCGCAGACGCAGGAGCCCGACACAGAAAACCUGGCGCCCUCAGAGUUGAAGAAACUUAGAAAUAAACAGAGGAAAGCAAAGCGCAAAGCCGAACAGGAAAGCGCGUUACAGGCUCAGGUACAGGUAAAACGUGAGCAGCAUCAUAAGGCUCGACAGCAGCAGGAACAAGGCGAUCCAGAGGCGCCACAGUUAGAUGAACUAGUACCUGACAAACUAGCGAGGGCGGAGGACCCUCUAGAGCAAGCUAUCAAGUUCCUACAACCCCUAAGAACGCUCGCUGCGGAUAGAAUAGACACACAUUUAAUGGCCUUCGAAAUAUACUAUAGAAAAGACAAACCACUGCUGAUGCUGCAGAGCAUAAAACGUGCGUUCCAGUUGGACAGCUCGCACCACCAUCUUCACGACUGUCUACUGCGGUUCCAAAGGUGGCUGGACGACAACUUAGCUGGUCUCAACCCGGCCGUUGCCGCUGUCAUCAACAAGGAGAUCGAACCGAUGGUUCGCGGGCGCAGUGCCGUGCAGAUGGCGGAGGAGUUCAUCAGGUCGGCGGCCGACAAGACGCAAGCCAACGCGCUGUGGGGGGCCCGCGCGCUGCGCCGCCUGCUGCCCGAGCGGGCCCACCAGGCGCUGAAGCUGGCCACGGCGCUGCACUACCCCGACCUCUCCAUACAGGGUUGCGUCGAUGUACUUGACAGUCUCCGAGAAGGCGACUUCGGACCCUGCGAAAAGGAAAUAGAGCAGUAUAUCGAGGCGUGUCGCAGCAAGUUCCCGUACGCCAUCGCGUUCAAGCCGGCGUCGGCGCUGGCCGACCUGCCCGACAACCACGUGGCCGACGACGCCCCGCUGCAGCCGAAAGAGAUCGCCGCCAACAACUGAGCAACACACGCACCACUCCGCCCUCCAAAACGGUCUAAAAUUAUUCAUCAUCUGUCUAUCUGUUCGAUUCAUUCUAAUUCCAAAUUGAAAAAUCGAAUAGAACUACUUUUUAUAGACCAAAGUCCUAGCUGACAGCUUUGAUGUUCCGCUGUUUUGAAAAAACUAAAAAAAACUCGUGAUGUGAAUUUGGUUAAGGAUUUCAAUUGGGAAUAUACUUUUUAUGCAAUCGAAUAUUUAUGCAAGGCUCGGUGUUUAUUAGGCGACAAAUGUCCCGCGAGUCAAGUGACGCCGCGCGGCUACCACAUGUAUUAUAUUUGUACUAGGCACAAGUGGCGCGGGAUCACUCGACGUCUUGUCCGACAGUCGCGGGGUAGUAACCUAGUGAAUAAGUGGCUUUAUACUCAUUUACAGCACGAGAUAUUUUGCCGUUUCUUUAGUAGCAAGUUAGACCGCGUCGGGUCUAUCUUAUAAUUUAGAAUUUAAGUCCACUUUAGAACAUUUUCAUAAAUUCUAGGUAGAGAGGGUGCGGAGAUUAAGCAAUAAUAGUGUAACUCAAUGUUUAGAACAGAUUCACUCGAGAUCAAUUCAUACACAGCGGAAUAAUAAAGAUGGCAGAAUUAACUAUUUAGCUGAAUAUUCGUUAUAGAUAUUCGAAUAGUAUUGAGACCAUUUUGACUGACGAAUGUCUUUGAUUUAAAACUUUUAAUCUCUAUGUACUUUUAAAAAUAUUUUGUAAGUACUUCUGAUUACCAAAAUUAAUGAUGUUACUAUACGUAUGUCGGUAUGAAUACUGUACGGAACAAUUCGUUCUAAGGAGAACUUUAAUAAAAUCAAUCUUGUAUUUUAUUAUUAAUCUUCCAAUGUAUUCAGUAGCAUUAAAAUUUGGUUUAGUUAUAGGUCUAGACUUGUUUUUUUUUUACAAUUAAAAGUUUGUUAUAAUAACAAUUUUGAUUUUAUUCAAAUUCCUAGAAUGAUUGGUUAACUCUACAGUUAGUCUAGCAGGAUCACUAAACAUUGAUGAAACAUAAUUAUGUAUUUAUGUUUAAACGUGUGUUCUUAUCAGGUUAUUAAUGUCACAAAUUGGUUUGGUUUUAUUUUUUACGCUUCUUAGACCCAUGUUGCAUUUGAAAGGUUAUUAGUUUAUGACAUUUUGGAACCGAAGCAGACGCGAAUGUAGGAACAUAUUGUUACAGCUGCGAGUGAUUCACUGGCAAACUGGUACAAUUAAUCUCAUUUACUCUUAAAAUAAUAUGACAAAUUAUAUUAUAGGUUUCUGACCACCGACUUGGCAUGCCCCCAAAAUUUGUAUACAAUUCAUGAGUUUUAUUGUAUUCGUGUAUGUCUUACUUGUUAUAAGCGGAUAAAUUACAGUAUAUAAACGGGUUGCCUCUCAUGUAAUUAAAAUUAACAAAAAGUCUGGUCCUGUUGUACUUUGUCUCCCAAUUAAUCUGCGACAGCCUCCUUGGAUGGCAAUUAAAACUUUCCAUUAUAACAUGUUUAAAUUCCUUAUUACAAGCACAAAUUGAGAUGUUAAGUACCUUAACCGCUUUACACAAUAUUACCCGAUGUUUGUUAUCAACUAGACAUGAGACAUAACGAGUUAAAGCACAAAAAUGCUGAUUUGUCCAUGGCUGAUGACGAUAAAUAAAUAUCAGGAUACCUUAUCCAGUCGGUCGACCCGUUAGCCCCGUGGUAAGCUAUUGAUUAGCUCGUGUUGUGGGUGCUACGCUACUGUUAUAGGUACUUGAUAUACAUAAAUAUUUACAUAUAGAUAUAUCAUCAUGCUUUUGACAUGAAAGCUGUGACGCGACAUAUAUGUACACCGCAACGAAUUGGUGGAUACCAACUUAGCCACACUUUUAUGAAUGAAAUAAUAUAAAUACUUACUAGCUUCAGCUCGCGACUUCGCCCGCGUGGUGUGUUGAUAAAAAGUAGCCUAUGUGUAGAAUAUAUUCCCCAAAUGAUCAAAUUGUCGGGUUUGCCAGUAAAUUGUUCGUCUGAGGUUGUAAUUACCGCAUUAAGACAUAGCUACCAGAAAUUAUUAAAUUCAUAUGCUGCCUAUUUUCCACUCAUUUAUUGAUAGCCAGUGUCUGAUGUCGAUCCAGUUAAGCAACUAACUUAACAGCGAGAAGAGAGAUCAUUGCAUAGGCUCUAUACUACUCCUGUUUUUCGAAUUUGAAACACCUUUGUAGUUUAUAGCCCCAAGCCUCAUAAUUUACUAACUUUGCCCAUAUACUGUUUAGAUGCAGUUUUAGGAAAUAGAUAAGCGGCGAUGGAACAUACUUAAUACUUUUUUCACAAAAGAAAAUUGUAACUACAUAAAUGGUUACUCAAAGUUUUUAUUCUAAAGUUUUUUAAAAGACGUAGCGUAAUUUGUUUAUCUUUUUUGAGUCUCGAUUUGCAAUGAAGUGUAAAAAUAUGUUCCUUUGUAUUUUUAGUUUGUAAGAAAUUGUUUCUUACGUUGUUUCUUCUUCAUAACUCAUUAACAAAGCACUUUGUCGCUCUUAGAACUUACGUUUUCGGAAGUGUUGGCAUUUGAGAGGAAAAUAAUACAAGUCUUUGAUUUCCAGUACAUUUAUAUCAUAACGACGAUAUUGCUUUGGUGAAUAGUCUCCAGCGGUGGUGUAUUUGUUUUAUAUAAUAGAAUAUAAUAUGGAGUUGAAAUGUCUAUCCAAGUGUUGCUUCACGUAGUGUCCCGAAUUAAUAUUAACAGAUAUGUCUAGUCCUGUGAUUCAUUACAAUACAUGGUAUCCCACUGCAACUUGACAAUAGACUUUUUAAAUUAAAUGCGUGCUAAAACAUAAGGUAGCAAAUGUGGCCUCAAGUGUUCAACAAUAUUCACUUAACAGAAUAAUUAGGAUUUAAUUAACAUUGCAAAUAACUGACUGGUUUUAAUGUGUAAAAAUAAUGUUGUGUGGCAAAGUGCGCGGUUUGCCCUUCGGCCUGAGGGCACGCUUGUAAAUAUUUCUUACUUUAAGUUUGUACUGUACAAUAUCGUUAGUUCUGAGGUCUAUAAUGACUUGAAAAUUUGUUGACUGCAUGCGGCGCAAGCGUUUAAUGUGCGGACGGUGAACAUGGACUCAAAUGUAAACACUUUUGUUGGAAUUCAUUUUAUUUCUUUUGUAGAUAUUUGUAAAGUUUGGACAAUAAUUAUAUAAUUCAAUACUCCAAAUUGUAACAAUUACAAACAUUUUUACUGUAUGGUGAAAAACUAUGUUAACUUCACAGACUACUCCACUGAAUGAAAUAAACGCGUUCUUUGGUAUCAUUCUCAUUUAUUUUAGAUUGGAUUUGUUUCUUGAACAUAGCUGGUCUAGUUGUUCAUCUAAACGAGAUGUAAGUAAUAUAAACAACCAACAACAACCUAUUCAAACUAAGUAUAUUUUAUUCAGUGGAAAUGGUCAAUUAUAUUUAUGUUACACAAAAUAUCUUCAAUUAAGUUACUAAAAAUCGCCACGAUGAUUUUAUUGUAUUGAAGUUGCGUGAUCGGAGUAUCUGUACCCGCGUCAUCAUGUACAUAAAGUAAUAAAAUUUUAUUUUACAAAUUUA